AGACAGAUGAGGUAAUCAUGCGAUGGGGAUGUUGUUUUUAUGAAAUGAAACUGAAAGCCUUUCGUCUUUCUGUGCUGUGUUUUCUUUUGCUUCGAUUCCAUUUUGUCUUUUCAGAAGGAUAUGUAUCCUGUCAAGAUAUUAGGUCUACAAAGUUAUUGGUUGAUUCCCAGUCUACUCCUUAUGGCAAUUUGUCUGCUGGAGCUUAUAAAAAAAUUAAUGAUGCUGAAACUUUAACUGAUUGUGUUGAUGUCUGCUGUGAAGAUGAAACUUGUAAUGUUGCAUUUCUUUUCAACACAUCAUGUUAUUCAAUCCAAUGUGACAGUUACAAGUUAUGUCAGCCCCUAAAGAGAUCAGGAAAGAAAUUUGAGAAGUCCUAUGUGGUUGUGGUUCGAUACCCUGAAGAAAAGUAUGUCUACGAAGAUGAAUUAACUGAUGGCGAUGCUGAUGAAAAAUUGUUCCAAGAUGAUUAUCAAAAUGAUGUUGGUCUUACUCAGUUUAAAGAAACUGAAGACCCUCAGCUAGAUCAAGACAUCUCAACUACUGUGUUUUUUGCUCCAACAGCAAAGAAUUGUGUAUAUGGAGUUCAUCAGUGUCCAGAUUAUGAAGAGUGUGUACCAAAAAACCAUCGUGCACGCACUGGAGUUUGCCAUUGCAUUGAUGGUUAUGAACGUCAGCAAGGAAAAUGUAAAAAGAAGCAUCACGUUAGUCGCCUUCAGCAGAUUACAAAUGCUCCAAUGAUAUCCAAUCAGGUUUUAAUAUCAAGUAAAAACAUUACAGAAAAAACAGUGCCUUCAACAACACCACCUAUGCAUCAACUAGUAGUUUCAGCUGGUGACAAUGUCACACUACAGUUACCUGAAAACGAAGUUACUCUUUCAGCCUAUGCAUUAAAACAGCAACAAGGUGAAGGUGACAACUACAAAUAUGAAUGGACAUUGAUUUCUCAUCCUGAAGGAGAUGAAACUGGCACAAUGCAAGACCAGAACACCAAGAAUUUAAAACUUUCUAAGCUGAGAGCUGGAAUUUAUACUUUUAAAGUAACUGUGUCCUCUUCUAAUGCACUUGGAGAAGCCAUGGUUAAUGUUACUGUUUUACCUCCCGAGAGAGAAAACAAACCUCCUGUGGCCAUUAUUCAGCCUUCUAAUGUCACUGUAAAACUGCCAAAUAAAGAUACUGUAUUAGAUGGCUCAUUUAGUACUGAUGAUGACAGAAUUGUUAAGUAUCAGUGGGAAGUUUUAGAAGUGCCUAUUGGAUAUUCUGUUCCACUUAAUGAAACUCCAACUCUGCAGUUGAAGAAUUUAACUCCUGGAUUUUAUCGCUUUAAAUUAACAGUUACAGAUUCCAAAGGGGCAUCAAAUUUUACUUUUGCCAAUGUGACAGUUCAAAAAGAAACUGAUUAUCCACCUACUGCAAAUGCAAAAUCGGAAGUUGUGAUAUUUUUACCCCAAAAUGAAGUAACAUUGAAUGGGAAUCUUAGCACUGAUGAUAAGGGUAUAAAGAGCUGGGAAUGGAAAAAAAGCCCAGAUACAGAUAAAGCUGUUGAUAUGGAGGGAACAAAUGGUCCCUAUUUGCAUCUUUCUCAACUUGAAGUCGGGGUUUAUAAAUUCAUUUUGAAAGUAACAGACACAGCAGAUCAAACAUCCACUACUGAAGUGCAUCUAUUUGUGAAACCUGAAAGUAAUACUCCUCCUGUAGCUAAUGCUGGCCCUGAUCAGAAGAUCACUUUGCCGUUACAAGGCCCUGUUAUUUUAAAUGGCAGUGGUAGCAAAGAUGACAUCAAAAUCUCUAAAUGGAAAUGGGAACAAAUACAGGGUCCAAAAAAUGCUGUUAUUACCGAUGCUGAUGCAGCUAUUGCUAAAGUUAAUGGACUAAUACCUGGUUACUACCAGUUCAUGUUAACAGUGUAUGAUGAAAAGAAUACCCAUUCUUCAACUACUGUCAAUGUUUCUGUGAUUCAAACUGAAAAUAUGACACCAAGAGCGAAUGCUGGAGGAGACAAAACUAUUUAUUUACCAUGUGAUGUUAUAGUAAUGAAUGGAAGCUCUUCAUCUGAUGAUAUUGCAAUUGUAAAAUACCAAUGGACCCGAGAUCCUGCAUCAUUAGCUGCUGGGUAUGUUUUAGAAAAUUCUGAGCAAACUUCUGUUCUGAAGCUGACUGGUUUAAUAUCUGGACGGUAUUUAUUUCGGUUAACAGUGUUUGAUUUACAAGGAGCUUCUUCAUACGAUACUGCAUCUUUAAUUGUUAAAUCUGCUAAGAAUCUUAUUGAUCAAGUUGAAAUAAUGAUAAAUGCUGAUAUUAAAAGCUUCACCCAAGAGCAAGAGGAUACACUUUUGAGACAAAUGGAAAUUUUGUUGCAUGAUGGGGACCCUGUGAAAGUGAAUCUUGUGAAACUAGAUUCUGAUCGUCACAGUAGACGAGUAAUUUUAUUGAUUACUGUCGAACGAACUUCAAGUUUUAAUGGUGGUAUCAUAUCUGGAGUUGAUGUCGUAUCUCGCCUUAAGAAAAAAUUACGAACUGAUAGUUCUUUGUUGGAUGUUGAAGUUCUUUCUGUUGAUACAGUUGUAUGCCAAAACAAAUGUUCUGGUCAUGGAAUAUGUGAUCAGUAUACUAAGCAUUGUGUGUGUGAAGCAUUCUGGAUGCAAGAUGUCUUUCGUUACAAUUUCGGAGAUAAGGAAAGUAACUGUGACUGGAGCAUUUUAUAUGUUAUCAUUGUCUCUUUCACUAUUGUUGUUACAUUGGCUGGAAUACUUUGGGGUAUUGCCUGCUGCUGUACGAGGAUGAGGUUUCGGAAGCCAAAGAAACGACAUCGCUAUACUUUACUAGAUGAUUUCAAUGAUCGAGAGCGUGAAAGGGAAAAGUUUUUUCCUCAAAGUAAAAACCAAAAAAGUAGCUUGAUGAUUUCCGAUUCUGAAUCAGAUGCUAUUUUUGAAUCCCAAGUCAUACCAUUAACGGUAAAAUCAAAUGGUAUACCUAAUGGCAUUGCAAGAGAUUCUCAUAAAAUAACUGCAUAGUAGUUUUUUAAAUGGACUUCGUAUGAGAAAGCUACUCUGUUAAAUAAGUAAAAACCAUUUCAAUAAUGUGACUUAUGUAAAGUCUGACUAAUGUGAUGUUACAGUGGAAAUUUAUUUUCAUUGCAUUUAUUUAUAUUUAAUGGUGAAUGUAGAAAAUAGUGUAAGAAGAUUCCAUUGCAUUGCUGUAACAACCUUAAAAGAUUUUGAGGGCAUAAAUCUCUUAAUAUCAUCAAAAAACCCCAGAUACAGAUUAAAGGUUCUUAUACUUCUCUGCUAAAUGAAAAUAUAAACCUUAUUGAAAGUGAUACUUUUGAUUUUUUGAUAUAAAAAUUACCACGAAGAAAAGCUAGUCAUAAAGAUUCUUUGAGCAUAAAUAAUAACUUAAAGCCAUUUUCAUGAGUUUUGCCCUAAUUAAGAUGCAGGUUUUUUUUUUUACUUAGAGAAGUUAUUUUAAAUGGACCUUGGAAUAUAAUCGGGUGGAUCAGAUGAAAACAGAAUAGUGGUCAUAAUUUAGUGUAUGUGUAUAUUAAUAUAACAAAACUUUUGUAGAGAAAGAGGGGAGGAUUAACUCCUUAAGACCGAGGCCGGCCGUAUACGGCUUUGUAACUUAGAUCCGAGCCCGCCCGUACCCGGCCGAGUUCUGCGAAUUCAGGGGUGGUGGGUAGAAGAAGACACCCUACUGCGAGACCUCCCCGAAGAAGACCCUUUCUUCUAGCCGAUAGCUAUUUAGCAAGUGAUAGCGACAACUGCAUGAAUGGGGAGCUGCUAAUGACUUGAUGUCGCUUGGCUUCCUCAAAAAAUGAGAAAAGAUGAAUGCGUUGUACGAUUUCGUUUCAAUUUCCUCCACUUCUAAUCCUCACUUUUUUGUACCACUUUUUUAAAAAUAAAUUCAAUUCUAGGAUUUAUAAAUUAAUGUUUUGUAUAAUUUUUAUGAUAAUUCGUACAAUAUUAAAGCACAAACUUUGCAAAUAACUGCAUAUACAUGCUUCAGGUUUACAAGGAACCUCGAAACACGGGUGUGCAAUUACUACUUGCAAUAUUUCUCCAUCUAUUAAUCUUUUCUAUUUUCAUUAUUUUUAUUUUCAACCCAAAUGUAAUUAUUUCUUUCCAGUUUUAGAAACUUAAAAGUAUUACUCAGCAAAUCAGAGCUUGGAAGGCAUCUAAACAAAACAAAUCUGCCCAGAGCUUUAACUUGCUCGUGAAAAUAUACUGCACCCCACCACACAACUGUUACCCAAACAGUAGCGCCCCACAAAAAGUGAGAUAGGAGGUCAUAAUUCCAUAAGGACUUAAAACACACAUAACAUGUAAAAAUGUAUGCAUGGGUCAACCAACUCCAGUAUUCAAGUCGCACGGGUGGCUAAAGAAGAUGCCUUAGAUACUAGUUCUCUCAGAAUGGUCAAAAGAAAAGAAUUUUGUUACGAUAUUAUACAAUUUACAAACUACCGUAUUAUCCACUUUACCUUUAGAGUUCAAAAUUUUGAGUAAAGUGAUACUUGCUAGCAAUAUAAUAUAUAUUUGCACUUAUAAAAAUUUAAUCAUAAAAUAGCAUUUUCUAGUUUUCUUCUGAACAACAUGUUAUUCAUUAAUUUGGGAAAUUCAAUCAGUUUGUCAACAUGUAAGUUCAGAACCAUGAUUUACAAAAAAAAAAAAAAGUGAAAAAUGACAAUCUGCUUAAAUCUUCAAAAACAGUUGUCUCUGAAGUGGGAUAAACAGAAAUUUCUAAUGACGCUAAGUCACAUUGUAAUAUUCCUUUAACGAUUGUAGUGUAACAAACACCAAAAAAUCGGAUUUAAUUCUUUCCUAAAUUCAUUUAAUCAAUUUAAAAAGACAUUAUCUCUUGCUUUCAGUAGCACAUCGAACAACUUUGUUUCCUUGAAAAUAUAAAUUAAUUGUUAAAUUCUUCAAACAAAUUCAAGUACAUAUUUACUUCUGUAUAAAUGGCAUUAUUCAGGAAAACAUCAUUAGAAUAAAUUUUAGGGAAUAUUUUUUUAAAAUCAUGUCAUACAGCAUUUUACUUACUGAUAAAUAUAAAGAAAAUCUAAAUCUGUGCUUCCACAUCUGUUGCAUUUACACUUUUAGCACUAAUUUAGAAUUAAUUGAUUUUUUAAGAGAAAACAAAUGUCACCUCCUUCCCCCAAUAUGAAAUUGUUGUCAAUAAUAAUUAAGCGAUUUCAGAGUUGCAUCAAAACAAGAAAACUUUCGUUCAGUACAGAUUUAUCUAUCUUGCAUUUCUAUGUUAAAAAGUUGUAUGCUCUCAUCUUUAUCAUAUUCGAUUAGCUAGUUAUAUACGAUAACCAUGGCAACUUGUGUGUUUGUGGAUUGGAGGGGCGGGGGGCAAUUUUACCUUACUUUCAAAAGUAAAGGGGACCCCCUCUCACUUUUCAGAGUUAAAAAUUAACAAUCGACUGAAAAAUUAUUUCUACUCGGAUUGAUUUUACGUAUUAAUUUAUUUUGCGGGAAUAAAACCAAAAAACUCAAAAAAAAAAAAAAAAAAACUGAAUUUUUCUUAUGUUAUUUCAUUGGAAUGAAGAUUAUAAUUGGAAGAGUUCAUGGCCGGAUUUGGAAGUGUGGAGGCCCCGGGGCAAACGAAGGAUUGGAGGCCUCUAAUCAGGGUUCGAAAAGAUCAUCAUAUUUUCGAAAAUAUCCGAUACUUUGAUAUACAGUAGAAGACCAUUAUAACGCCGACCUAUAUAACGCAAUUCUCUAUAAACCGUACAACUUUCCAGAAGUAAACAAUAGGUUUUGAAGUUAAAAAAAUACCUCUGUUUUGUUAUGCAAACAUAAAAAUUGUUAUUUUGAAACAGUUUUUCAUCUUUCCAUCUUAAUCCAAAGCUUUUAAAUGGAAAUUAGUACCCCCCUUACAGUAAACAGAAAAUACCAGAUGGUUCUUGCAAAUGCAGCUGUUAUGCAAACCAAGAAGCUAGCAGAAGUGCAGGAUAAUGCACUUUCGUUUGAUUGUGAAACAUAUUUAUUUGUGAAUAACUAAUUGUAAUGUUGGUGCUUUAAUACUCAUUGCAGAUAAAACUCAUUCUGAAGUACUAAUAUAGAGACAUAUUCUGAACUUUAGUUUCAAAAUUUGUGAAAUGACCUAUAUAACGCAAAAACCUGUAUAACGCAAAAUCUCUGGUCCCAAGGUGUGCGUUAUAAUGGUCCUCUACUGUAUAUCCGAAUAUUUUGAUAUAUAUGUACAUAUCCGAUAUUUUCGACCCGUGAAAGCUAGGAUAUUUUGUAAAAAUUUUAUUGUGGAGGCCCCGGGGCAGUAGCCCCGCCUGCCCUCACUAAAUCCGGCUCUGGAAGAGUUAGUCUACUGUGGCUAUUCAUCCCAAAUUUUGACGCCAAACUCCAUUUUUAUCUGUCAUUUAAUAAGUAAUGUCAAAAUCCAAUUACAUAGACUAGUUUUAUUUUAAAAAAGAAAAAAAAGGGGGGAAAUAAAUAAGAUUUCGUGGCUUCCCCACUAAGCAUUCUCUUAACCCCCGUUUUUUGAGGAAAAGAUUUUUUUUUUUUCAUUAUUACUCUUGAAAAAUUAUCUUUCUAUUAUUUUCUUUUAACUUUCCUUUUUUUUUCUCCUGACUGGGAUAGCUUUUAUUACUUGUCCGUAGUAUACUCAGAAAUGGAAAAGAGAUAGGGGUGCAAUUUCUUCCAAAUGUUUGAAAAUAGUUUCAAAAACAUUCUUUCAGUAAUUAUUCUCAUCAGUUUGUGCAAAUGGAAUUGAUUGAAAUUGGAAAAUUUAAAUUAUUACAUAAUAAAUCCUAAGCUUGUGCUUGAACUGUAAUGUUCUUAUUUAUGAUUAAUAUCAUCUGCGCGUUGAAGGCGGCUAAUAUAUGUGUAUAAGAUAUAUUAAGAUUUACAAUCAAUGUACGAAAGUUAAGGGAUUUGGGAAUCAACCCGGCAAACCUUCUCUCGCCAUGCCCCUGUUACAAAUAUUUUUUCUGUAAUUCUAAAAUAUGUCUCUUAAAAAUCUAAAAAAUAUUUAUAAUUCUGAAAAAAGAAUGUUUUAUAAUUUUAUUAUAGCCUUUUUCAAUAACUUUAUAAAAAAUGAAAACAUGUAUUAAAAAGAACUAUAUGUUUUAUAACUUAUUAUUCUGCAGAAGAAUAAAAGUUAUUGGCUGUGCUCAAACUUUUUUAAUCAAUCGAAAUCGGGAGAAAUGUUUCCAAAAACUAAAGCUGCUAGAAAGGUUAGGCAUUUUGCGCUGUAGGCUGAACAUGAUAUUCAAAAAAAAAAAAAAAAAAACGAACUUAUUAGCAAUAUGGUUAUUAACUGAUGGAAAGUCACGCUGUGAGACCACCUCAAAGAUCCUUUCUUCCGACCGAAGUAUUUUCAACUGAUGGAACAAGUGACAGUGAUGUACAAUUCCCAAUGGCAAUACAACUACAAGGAUUGAUAGCUAAUAACUUGUGAAGAUGCCCGCAUUUCGGGAGGAAGGGGGAAAUGAAGAAACUUUUAUAUUCAUUCUUUUUCAUUCGCGCGACUUGUUCUAUUUUUUUCCCUUUGAAAUUCUUCAUUCCGAAGUUGCUUUUGAUUUUUGAAUAUUUUUUUUGCAAUUCAGAUGUUUUUUUUCCUAAUUUUAAAGCAUCCCAUGUGUCUAUAGAUCGCAGACAGCUGAACCAACAUACGCGAUAAACACUAACCUAGGGAAAUAGCGAAAAAGGCUGCACGCCUGAAGCGCGACAGCGAUUAAGGUGACAGCUUACCACGCCUCCUGUAAUUAGUGCACACAAGAACUGACGAGAUGCUGCCGAAGGGGGUCUCAGCGUGGACGAUUCCAUUUCCAAAAUAGCGUGAUCGAAAAAGUCAGGACCUAACUGUAGUAAAAAAUUCCCCCCUUCCCGGUCUUAAAGAGUUAAGGAAAAAAACCUUACUGAAGAAAGGACUUGACUUUUGUAAGUGCUUGAUAUCAUGUGGGAUGAGCUGCAGUUGAGUUGUAGAGCCAUCCCACAGACCACAGGUAAUUCAUUAGCUUCAGUUUCGUAGCAAAGGAGAAAUUUGGUGUUCAUUUUUCUGCAGUAGAUUGUGUUAGAGUUUGUGUAGUACAUCAAUAAAUGGAGGACUUGCCAAAGAAACAGGAUUUUUGCUUUCUUUGUCAAUGAAUUGUAUGCAGGACUGGUACAAGUGUUUCCUCAAGGGAGAGGAAUUGUUAAAGGAUUAUCUGAUAUCUCCUUAAAUUCACCUUAUCAUCACAGAGGUUUUGAUGAAUGAAGUUGACCGGAUCAUCCCCCCUGAGAGCUGAUGUCUUAAUUUUAAACCUGACAUAGACCGAUUAAACAUGGAAAACUCUGUUGUUCAAGUACCAGCUCAUACCACGUGAUUGUGUGCGAUUACCAGGAAUAAGUCAUUUUUCAGUAUGAUAUGUCUUCACUUCCUACUCUAUCUCUACUGUUUUGUUACAUUCACACUCACAUACACCAAAUUAUGACCACUUUACCAUUUUCAUUUGAUUCACCUUUAUAGUUGACUUUAAAUUGUAUGUAGAUUACUUCUUAAAAUAAAAUUUUGCUCUUGAACUUUAAAAAAAAAAAAAAAAAAUCUAAUUUUUUUUCUGCAUUAUAAUUGUAUGUAAUUGAUUUAAUUUUUCAUUGUAACUGUUGAUUACAUAUCUUUAAAAUUUCACAUUUUCUUUUUCUACUAUAGUUACAUUCUCACUUGAGAUUCAUGAAAUUGAAUCAAUGAGUUUGAAAACCAUUCAUCUUCUUUGGCAAAACCCAAGAGAGGACUGUUUUUCAAAUUCAUCAAUUUCUUUAAACUCCUAUCAUUCUUUAAACAUUCACAAUUUUUUUACUUUUAAGCAAUAAAGGACUUUUUAAGUAUAUUUUAAUAUUAUUUAGAUGCAGAGGUUAUAAUAGCAUUAAAAAUGUAUAUAUAUAUAUAUAUUUCUUUGUAGAAUAGCAGCAAAAAUACAAUUACUGAGA